GUCCAGAUUUUGAAUCACAGAUUUUUAUGCCUAAAAAUCCAUACAAAAUUUCUUCUCAACAAACUCCUGUUCUGACUAGAACAAGCUCUAGGCCUUGCUUGCAAGGCCUGAAUGGAUACUCAAGGUCAAGGAGUACUUCUCGGAUUCCACAGAAGAAUCUUCUGGGGGAAGUCCUCCAGAAAGAGUCUGCUCUGGAUGCCUCUCCUCAUGUUUGUACUAAAUCCAGAGAUUAUCUUAAUGAAAAAUACAGGCCAUCCAAAGCAUGCAAACAUCUUCAAGAGGGCGAACCAAACACUAAAUCUAAUGAAGCAAGGAUACCAAUAAAUCCAGUUGCUCAGUUUACUUCAAAUAAAAUUUUCAGAAAUAAGAGAGACCAAGAGUUGAAUAAUGAUCAGAUAUUUCUUCCUCGGAAGCAUAAGCUGAUGGAUUAUAUCCUGAAUAGGCCAAGGUAUUUUACAUCUGACAUUCAUAGGCCUCAAGCCCAGCUAGGAGGAGCUUAUCAUAACUAUGAAAAUAGACAUACUUCUUCAGGAAGAGGACUAAAGAAUAAAAGAAGUUUACAGCUCAGGCAGUCAUAUUUUCAGAAAACACAGAAGAUUUAUGUAUCUCGAAAGAGCUACUCUGGUGCUCAAGAGAUUAUCCAAAAACCUAGCAAAGUGAUCUUUAGUAACCAGGCCUUGCAAGGAAGGGAAUAUGGCUCUCCCAUACUUGAUAAGUCUUCAUUACUACAAUGCUGUGACUAUUCAACAGAUAAUACUGAAUUUACCUACAAUUUCCGGAAAAAAUCUGUGAAUUCUUCGAUAACUUUGAAAAAGAAGCCGAAUAUUACUUCUAACACAUGCAUGAAAAAGGGUGAAGAGUCUAUCCAGCCUAGCAAGGUUAGCUCUCUGAAGGACCCUCCGAAGAGCACGGCUGAUCCUUCUUGUAGAAUUGAUAUUAAAUUCCUAAGAACAAAUGGGGAAAUACCCUUGAAAUUGGAACUAUUCAAAUCAAAAAGACCUUCGUAUUCUUCCUUACAGAAGUUGAAGGCAAAGUUGAAUCCUCUGAUAUGUGCACAGAAAGAGCAAGAGCAAUCUCUAGACUGUGGUUUGACUAUUAAAAAUAAAAUACUUAAUGAAGCUAAGAUUUUACUGAAGAAGCCUGAGAAAUUCAAAGUAAGGCAUAGCAAAUUUAGAAACUUAAAGAGUCAUAGUGGUGUCAAUAAAAGUGUGGAGAAUCAGCCCGCAAAAAGACUUAAUCUUGACCUGGAUUUAUAGGUCAUUCUAAAUUUCAGCUUUCAAUGCUAAAAAGAAGUUUAC